UACUCUUGAUUUAAAUCUCUUCUCCAAGUAUAUAUACAAGCUCAGCCAAAGAUUUAAUCAUAUUUCUUCCCUAAAGAAGAAAACUUCAACCUCCUUUAAUUAAUUCUCAUGAGUGAGCAAAGGCUUCGAAAGGCCGUGUCUGAUGUUUCCAGUGAAAUUUUCAAGUAUGGAUCCAUGGAUAUGAAAGCCAUUUCUAGCUCUGCAGUUCUUGAAGUGAAGCAAGCAGAAUGUCAGUGCUGUGGAUUGAAAGAGGAUUGCACCCAAGAUUAUAUCUCCAAGAUUAAAGGUUCCCAUUCUGGAAACUGGGUUUGCGGGCUUUGCUCUGAAGCUGUUAAGGAAACGCUAGAGCAUGGUCCGAAAAUGGCUAUGCAAGAAGCUGUGAGCUCUCAUAAGGAUUUCUGUCAGAAGUACAACACCACCACCAGACUGAAUCCUAAACUAUCAUUAACUUGUGCAAUGAGAGAUAUAGCCAAAAAAAGUUCUGAGAAGAGGGAUUCCAAGAAUUCUUCUAUAUCAAAGAUUGGAAGAAGCAGUAGCUGUGUCCCGAGGAUUGAUCUAAAGAAAUAAUUAACUUUAUAUUUAAUCUAGUCUAACUAAUUAACCCAAUCAAUUAUAAGUUACUGCUAAUAUGUCCAUAUAUCUCUAUGUAUAUAAUUCCACAGAAGGUGCAUAAUUGAGCUAUAGUUUUACAUUCAUAAUAUUAUUACUUUUUGAUUAAUGUUAAAUUUCCACAUUGGUUAGAUGAGCAUA